UGGGUCAGAAGGACACGUUAUGAGCAGGCAAAUUCAUGUGCCCACAUGGAUGAUUGGAGGAGCCAUUGCACAAUUUGUGGGAACGAAGAACAGCACAGAAACAACAGCGAUUCGAGCAAGAAGAAGAGCCACCAAAAUUUGAAGAUACUCUGAAUUUCUGAAUUGAAUCGAUCAAUUUGUUGCCUCCAGCCACCGAUUCCUGCUAGUGCUAGCGCUAGCGCUCUGAUUUGUUGAUAGAAAGAAAGAGAAAUCGGAAAUGAAGGAGAGCAAUGAUGGAUUUGUGCGGGCGGAUCAGAUUGAUCUGAAGAGUUUGGAUGAGCAGCUUGAGAGGCAUCUUAGCAGAGCCUUGACCAUGGAGAAGAACAAGAAGAAAGAUGAAGACGGCAAUAGCUUUCUCACUUCUGCAACCAUUGCUCGCAGUAGGUCUACUAAAGUCGCCGCUAAGGAGCGGCAAGAGUGGGAGAUCGAUCCGUCCAAACUGAUAAUCAAGAGCGUCAUUGCUCGUGGUACUUUCGGCACCGUCCACCGCGGCGUUUACGACGGACUAGAUGUCGCUGUCAAGUUGCUGGAUUGGGGAGAAGAAGGCCACAGGACAGAAGCUGAAAUUGCUUCACUCAGGGCAGCUUUUAAACAGGAAGUUGCUGUUUGGCAUAAACUAGAGCAUCCCAAUGUUACUAAGUUUAUAGGGGCAACAAUGGGCUCAGCGGAGUUACAGAUCCAAACUGAAAAUGGCCUAAUAGGCAUGCCAAGCAACAUAUGCUGUGUUGUGGUGGAAUAUCUUGCCGGAGGUGCCCUUAAAUCUUAUCUCAUAAAGAACAGGAGAAGGAAGCUAGCUUUCAAGGUGGUUGUCCAAUUGGCACUUGAUCUUGCUAGAGGGUUGAGUUACCUUCAUUCACAGAAGAUUGUUCACAGAGAUGUAAAGACAGAAAACAUGCUGUUGGACAAAACACGUACAGUAAAAAUUGCUGAUUUUGGUGUUGCUAGAGUUGAGGCCUCAAAUCCCAACGACAUGACUGGGGAGACUGGGACACUCGGUUACAUGGCUCCUGAGGUUCUCAAUGGCAACCCAUAUAACAGGAAGUGCGACGUGUACAGCUUCGGUAUCUGCCUGUGGGAAAUUUAUUGCUGUGACAUGCCAUAUCCCGACCUUAGUUUCUCCGAAGUGACUUCUGCUGUGGUUCGUCAGAAUUUGAGGCCAGAGAUACCGAGAUGUUGCCCGAGCUCCCUAGCAAAUGUAAUGAAGCGAUGCUGGGAUGCAACCCCGGACAAGCGGCCCGAAAUGGAUGAAGUAGUUUCUAUGUUGGAAGCCAUUGACACGUCCAAGGGUGGAGGUAUGAUCCCUGUUGAUCAAGCUCAGGGUUGUCUAUGCUUUCGAAAAUAUAGAGGACCCUAAAGAUUUGUUUGUUUGUUUGUUUGAAUUGAAUGAGAAAAUGUGAUAAAAUUAUUUUGAAGGGAAAAAGCAUCAUGUGAUUGUGGUAAUGAGAAAUAGAAGAAGUAGGAAAAGAAAAAUAUAUUGAGGUGAGGCCAGUGGUAAAAUAGAUGAUGGUGGUGGGUACAUAAACAACCAGGGACUUUGCUGCCUUUCACUUUGCCAUUUGAUGUUAAGCCUUUUGUAAUGACAUUAAUUGAAUGAAUUGUAAGAUUGAAAUACAAAAAUCUUAUCUUCUUCCUCUUA